AUGACUGAGGUUGAUCAACAAACUCAUUCCAAGGAAAUGGAACAAUCGCAAGGGCCGUCGAAUGAAGCUGCCGUGAAACCGGGAGGGCCGGAACCUCCGGUGGACACUGAGCAGAUGAUCCAAUGGAUUGUGGACAUUCGUGACCGGGACAAGCGCGAAACCGCCUUGUUGGAGUUGAGGUAUGGCUCUUUUUGUUGUUUUUGGUUUUUAGGAAUUGAAUUGAUCAUAAACCAGGAUUAAAGCGGUGGUUAGAGCAAGGAAAGAGGUCCAUAAUACCAAUAAAAAUGCGGUCGGAAGUAUAUUGUUUUGUUUUGCUGGCGUUUUAUCCAAUUUUUGAUAUUACACUUGACAAAAUUCAUGGAUCAAAGGAAGUCAUUCAAACUUUUUGCAAGUAUUUGAAGGGAAAUAGAUUAUGCUUGUUGGACGUUCCUUAUGGGCUUCUGCGCUUGAUUAGCUCCAAGAUUCGUCAUGUAUUGAUCUUAUUUCUUUUUUUUCAGCAAGAAACGAGAGGCCAUUCCUGAACUUCCAGUGUGGCUCUGGCAAUCCUAUGGGACGAUGACCUGUCUUCUCCAAGAAGUCAUCAGUGUCUACAGUGCCAUUGUACCUCCAGUGCUAAGUGCCACCCAGUCGAAUCGAGUCUGCAAUGCCUUGGCCCUAAUGCAAUGUGUGGCAGCUCAUGCGGACACCAGAAAAUUGUUCUUGGAAGGUAAGAUCUUGUUCAAUUUUGUUGCAAAAUGUCUGAAAAUUGUAGCCAAGAUCCCAUUGUUCCUCUACCCUUUCUUGCAUACGACCAAGACCUCGCGUCCCUUCGAGUAUCUUCGUUUGACUUCUUUGGGAGUCAUUGGAGCCAUGGUGAAGACCGACGAAAAAGACGUAAUCAAAUUCCUCCUGUCCACUGAGAUCAUCCCAUUGUGCUUGAGAAUUAUGGAACAGGGAACGGAAUUGUCCAGAACUGUCUCGACGUUUAUUCUUCAGAAGAUUUUGUUGGACGACAUGGGUUUGGACUAUGUUUGCCAAACCUAUGAGAGGUUCUCUCAUGUUGCCAUUGUUUUGGUAAGCUUUUUCGAUAUUUCUUCUUGGUUUUUAGGAGGAUUCAGCUGCAUUAUGGUCUUAUAUACAAAUUAUACUUGACUGAUGUCAUGUAUAAUAUAAGUAUUGCCUCGAAAAGUGAAAAAUGUGCCUUUUCAGGGCAAAGUUGUCCUCCAUCUGACCAACGAGCGCUCAGCACGUCUGUUCAAGCACGUCGUUCGCUGUUAUGCUCGUCUUUCGGACAAUGAUCGAGCCGUGCAAGCUCUGGCUCAAUGCCUUCCAGAACAGCUUCGAGACGACACUUUCCGUGAGUUCUUGGAUCAAGAUCGCAGCACGGAACAUUUCUGCCGCACCCUGCAUGAGAACAUCAUGAAAGGAUACAAGCCGGGCCGACCAAAUGGAGCUCAUGGAAUGGCCAAGGAUGCGAUCGCUCGGAAAGUCGCCGAAGCCAGAGAUCACUCUCGGCCGGAUAACCACGGCUUCGACAUCUAA